AUGUCGAGACGACCGCCGAAUCCGGCUGCUGACCGGGCGGCGCAGAACACGCAGACGAUCAAGACGCUGCUGAAGCUGGAUGCCAACAAGGUGUGCGCGGACUGCAAGAGGAACAAGCACCCCCGAUGGGCCAGCUGGAAUCUCGGCGUCUUCAUCUGCAUCCGCUGCUCGGGCAUCCACCGUGGCAUGGGCACCCACAUCAGCCGCGUCAAGUCGGUCGACCUCGACACCUGGACCGACGAACAGCUCCAGAGCAUCCUCAGCUGGGGCAACGCCCGCGCAAACAAGUACUGGGAGCACAAGCUGGCUCCUGGCCACGUUCCCUCCGACUCCAAGAUGGAGAAUUUUAUCCGCACAAAGUACGAGUUGAAGCGCUGGGUCAUGGACGGGCCUAUGCCCAACCCGGCCAGCCUCGAUGCCGACGGCGACGACGACAUUCCCCUUAGCAUUGUGAAGGAGAAGCAGAACAUUGACCGCAAAGAGUCCAUCCGCAAGUCUGUCAGUGGCAGUGCCUCUGGAUCGGCCGCCGCUGAGGCUGCCGCCCGUGCUGCUGCGAGGUCGCGUGCUCCCGUUGUCGACCUGAUCGGCGGCAACGACUCGUUUCCCUCGCCGUCUAUCUCGUCGCCACCGCCGCCACCACGCGCAAGCACUGCCGGACCGGCUGCUGCCCAGGUCGCCCCCAAAGGCAUCCCCGUCCCACCCAAAGCGACCACCUCCGCCAGCAGCAACAGUAACAGCAACACCCGAGACUCGCUGCUGGGCCUUGACUUCCUGGGCUCGCAGCCCGCCGCCCCGGCUCGGCCCUCCAGCACCGCUGGCUCCACUUCUGGCGGCGGCCAGUCGCGUCCAGACCUGAAGCAGUCCAUCCUCUCGCUCUACGCCACCGCGCCCCGGACACAGCCGGCACAAGCACAUCACGGCGGAGGCAGCGGCAGCUUCGGCAGCCUCCACUCGCCGUCUCAAUCCCAAAACUCGUUUGGCAGCGGCGUUGGCGGUCUCGUCGACCCUUUCAGCAGCCUCAGCUUCGUGACUGCGCCCGCCUCCACGCCCUCGCCGAAGCCUGUCGACGCCUUUUCCGGCUUGUCUGGCCUCCACAAUCGCCAGAGCUCCACCACCGGCGUCAAGACGGCAUCGUCUACUUUUGGCAGCCUGGGCGGCGGCAGCUUCUUCGAGGCCAAGUCUGCUGCUCCGGCCGUCACAUCUCUUCCCAAGCCGGCAGUCGCCUCCUCGUCCGCGUUUGGCGGCUUCGAUGCCUUCUCGUCGGCGCCCUCCUUAUCAAAGGCGACGGCAGCAGCAGCAGCAGUCACGCCAGCCGCGUCAUCCAGCGCGUUUGGCGACCUCUUCGACUUCUCGUCUGCCACCUCUGCACCGGCUCCUACCGCGGCACCUGCGGCUGUCAGCCCGCCGACGGGCGCGUCCAACGCGUUCAGCUCGGUCUUUAACUUGUCGGCCCAGCCGGCCAAGCCUACACCCACCGCUGCGGCGCCAGCUGCCAGUCCGCUCGCCGCAGUCAGCGCCAACUGGUCCAACUCGGACGUCUGGGGCGGCCACGACGGCUGGGGCUCGUCGACAACAUCGGCAGCACCGGCAGCCCCGACGGCGACGGCGUCCUAUUCCCAACACGUCCAGCCCAAGGCGCCGGUCAACGACUUCGGGUGGGGCAGCUCUGCGGCCACUACGACGGCCAGCAGCUUUGCCACGCAGAGCAUCGUGCCGGGGGCCAACGGCAGCUUUGCAACGGCGCCCAAGGUGGCCGCAGACGAGGAGUUUGGAGGAUGGACAUCUAGCACGGCGGUGACGACGACGACGGCGACAGCAAAGCCGGCGGCCGGAUUCGGCGGCAGCGAAGACCUGUUUUCCAACGUCUGGGGCUAA